AUGAGGGACAAGUUGAGAGGGUCGUGGAAACCCUAUCAAGCUACCGAGUCACUCUUGCGCGUAUCUGAACGGGACGAAGAGAGCGGAACGCCUGCUCCAAUUCUUCGGUCCUGUCAGGAGACCUACUUCGAACACUGCAUACCAGACGUCCGCAAAGACAAAGACGCCGACAUCUUCAAAAAGCAUUACGAGAAUGCUACCGGGUCUUCAACGCCCAAGCCUUGCGAUCCACAGGUGACUAUCGUUGAUCACGGCGCCUCCACGAUGGAGAAUUCGAAGGUGACGCCUGCCUCCUCAGAAGUCGUUCUUGUCGAUCACGAUGCCUCUCCGUUUAGCGAUUCAGAGGUCAGGCCUCCCUACCCAGAAGUCGUUGUCGUCUUUAGGGAAACCUUGUUGUCUGAGAACGGGAACGAGGAGAGUGUACACGAUAUCGGGGACUUGAAGGACGGGGAGACUGCGCACGAUGUCGUGGACUUGCAGGACGAGGAGACUGUGCACGAUAUCAUGGAACCAAAAGACGAGGAGACAGUACACGACGUCGUUGAACCAAAGGACGAUGAGACAGUACAUGAUGCUGUAGAACUGAAGGCCGAGGAGACUGUGCACGAUGUUGUGGGACUAGAAGACGAGGAGAGUGUCUACUCCAUCAGGGAGCUAGACAAGGACUUUGAAGUCUUCAAAGCCCGGACACGUCCUCGAAAUGCCCCAUCAGGCGAGCUUGUGGAAGUUGUCCAGCGAAAUAUCGUAGCCGCGCCACCAUCACGAUAUCCACCGAGAUCCUCUUCGCUUGUCAACAAGGAGCAACCUGAUGCACAACAGCAAAAGCUUGAAGUCCAGUCAGGCAAGGAUUCCAGCGUCCAUAUCGAUCUUGCGACAACAGAGACAAGUCCACCCCCAAUUCCGGAAAAGUCAAAGCUGAGGCCUCUGCCAAAGCUGCCCAAGAAUGAAAGCGCUGGGCCUAGGCGUGGCAUUCUAGGUCAAACGGUCCCUCGUACCAGCGUCGAAAAGGUCACAUCCACGUUCGUGGAUCCUUCCAAGGCGCUUUCAACUGUCCGAUCUCGACUGAGCUCGCUCAAGAUGCCAUCGAUUAAUGUGUUCAGGGAGAGUCGUACAAAGAGGCAAAGCAAGACUCCAGAAGAGAUCGACUUUCUGAACGGCAAAGAUACCAUUUACCUCUCCAUCCAUCACGCUCGUGUCAAGAAAGCCGAUCGAGAGAGGAAUCAAGGAGAGACAGACCGGGCAGGUGAUAACAGCCGACUCGUCCAAUGGCUCAGAUUCAACGAUGAUCUCGCCGCGGACGCCAGAGUCACAGCAAAUGGGGAAGACCUUCGAGCCAGCUCCACGUCUCCCAGCGAGAAGACGAAGACGCGAAAGUCAUCGCUCACUCACAUUGAGGUCGGUGACAGCACAGACCGCGCGAUCCUCAUUGGGCCAGCAGGCUACGGCGCUCUCACACUUGGGGAGAUGUGGAUCGGAGGGUGCGACAAGAAGCACAAAUUCGAUUCACACCGGAGCGUCGUUCUCUCAGAACACGACGAGUCUUGUCCCUGCAAGCUCAACCAAGUAUUUGACCUCAUCACGGAUGAGUCGUACAAGUAUCUCGGCGUAGCGAGGUCCGCGAGGGAGGGCAAGUGGGUGGUGCAUCUUGCGAAGGAGAUGCCGAUGGGCACGGCCGAGGCGAGGGCAAGCGAGUUACCGAAGCUCGACAGACCAACAACACGCCCAAGAUUCACGAUCGCGCGGAAGCCAAUCCCAGCCCGGGCAUCUACAGCCUGCCGAGUCGGAUUCAUCUAG